AGCAUAUUGGAAGCAACACAGGCUUUUGACUGUGCGUCAGACUUUGUAAUUUGCUUUGUUGUUUUUUCUUUUUUAUAAACAUUUUAAAAGACACAGGAAGUUGUCAUGUCUUGCUCGCGUGGAAAAAGAGUGUUUUUUCGACUGACUCUAGAAGUGGUGCAGUAAAGAAAGUAGAGCUAACGGAGCGCCACUACAACAUGAGAUCUGUACAGUUUCAAACUGUCAGUGUGCUCUGUACCCUCAUGUCCUAUAAAGCCCAGGACAGAAGAAAUGUCUCAAACGAGGACAGUGAUGACAUCAAGACUCACUUGGUCCUAACCACAUUGCCAUGGCAACAGGAAGAAAAGGCUCCACCUCCAAGGCAGGUGGGGUGCGUUUCCCUGACGAUGAUGAGCCCCCUGGCUCCCCAACACGGAGAGACGAUGAUUCAAACAGCUCUACUCUCAAAGCUAUCCUAGAAAAAGAUGGCAGCUACUUGGUCAAGGCUGGUUUCCUGAAGAGUCACCACUGCUAUGAAAUUGUCUUCACUGUCCCUGAUGUCCCCACAGUGGGCAAAGAACUCUCCUGUCUUCCUUCCUCUUCUCCAACCAGGAGGUCCUCCAGCCUCCGGGUCCAUCGUAUUAACUCCACAAUGGAAGGAGUGAAAGUAAUGUGUGAGUACAGGACUCACCAGGAGGGGGUGCUACAGGAGGCGAUCACUCUGAUAACCAGAGGUAGGAAGGACAGUAGUCUCAAGAUCAGACUCCAGGCCAGGGUCAUUGACCCACAUCACGGGACGCCCAUGCUGCUUGAGGGGGUGAGAUGCCUGGGUGCUCAGAAAGAUGCCCACACAAAGCACAGCAGCGACCGUAAGAGGAUAUGAUAGAAAGAUCUGCACAACAGUGCUGUUCAUUGACUUGGUCAGAGUGGUAGUAUGAAAACACCAGAUUGUAUUUCCCUCAUCCAAAACUGCUUCAUUUGAUUGGUAUUGGUGAUACUAUGGUUUGCUGGAGAUGUUAUAUUCUCAGAAAUGUAAGUUGGAAAGUUACAGGUGAAAACAGUGGAUGCUUUUCCACAAGAGUCAAAUAUCAAGAGCCAUGAAAAAAUAGCUGCUUGACAGUGAGUCUCAUUAACAAGACAGCUUCAAAACCACUAGUUUGCAGUUGCUAAUGGCAACUGCUGCUAAAUUCAGAUAGCCACAAAGCCUUCGUUGAUUGAGUAUAGUAAACCAGCACUUAAAACACACACACACACACACACACACACACACACACACACACACACACACACACACACACACACACACACACACACACACACACACAAUGUAAUGAUACUUUAAUGAGGGUUUCUGGUCAAAACAAGUCAUUCCCCUGAUAACUUGAAAGGCAUCAAAAACAGAACCAGCUGGGGUUGCUCACAUGUUUUAGCUCCUCUCUUAAAUUGACUGCAUGUGGGCAGUAAUUUGAAAUAUAGAAUAAGUAAAAUCUUAGUAUUUAAUUGGAUAAACUGAUUAGGAUUUGUGCAGGAUUACACACAUUUACUGCUGCCCUUGUAGUUUUACUUUGGCAGCAUUGACACUGUUGGUAAUAAGAGCCAAUUAACUGCUCACCAGCUUUUGGAAGCAGCACACUUCACUGUAGGAGAUAGAUUAUUCCUGGAUUUCCUGUAGCCAUAAAUAUAAAAGGAUGACAUCAUGAGGAUUUCCCAUACAACCACACUGUUGUAUUUUAACUGCAUCCAGCAAUUAAAAACUGCAUUGCGAUGCAAAAUAUCACAUAGCAGGAUACUAUUAGAAUAUGUUUCAAUAUGUUGGCACCCUCAAAAACAAAAUGUAUUGUGCAGCACAUCCUUAGUGCAAAAUUCUGGUAUUUUUAAACUUGGGCCCUAUAUUCACAUGUUCUGGUGUCUAAAUCAUUCAUACUGACCAAAAGUUUUGGAAUCAGUCCCAAAAACAUUCAAAGGAUUAUGUUCAUCUCUGCCAGCUGAGACAAUCUACUGGACUAAUGUCAUACUUUUGGGAAGAAUGACUCAUUUUACACACCAAAAUCCUGUAAAUAUAGGGCCCGGGAUUAAAGAUACUGGAAUUCUGCUUUUUUUUUUUUUUUUUUUUUACUGUUUGUUUGUUUGUUUGUUUGUUUCAGAACACAAUCUGAACUGAAAAAAAACCCAUCUUUGAUUGGACAACAAACGUUGUUAUUAUCAAUUGUCAUAAUGGUAAUAAUUACUAUUAUUAUUACUAUUAUCUAUGUUAUUAUGAAUCACUUCUCUGCAAAACCUAUUAUAACAAAGGAGUAUGUGUCAUUGUCUGUUUUGGAAAAAAUAUAAAUCUGCCUUAAACAUUCCCCAUGUGUAUUAUGACACUUUACAUUGGCAAAUGAUACAUCAUUUCCAGAAUGAAUUGCUGUAAAUGUUCUGGUUAUGCUGAAACAGAAAAAGAGAUUGGGAUGUUUUUGUUUUCUAUUUGCAUAAUUGAUACAGUAUCUGAUGAAGUAUAACCAAAUGACUGACUGGUGACUUCAGUAAAAGGAAGCUACAGCCACACUUGUUACAGCUCCUUAUUUUAGGAUUAACAAGGUUUUGGUAAAUUGUCUGACUUGAACUAAGAUAAUCAGGGUAUUCUUGGUAGAUUAUCAGCUCCAUGCAAACCCUUUGUUGUUUACAUUGAAGUGAUAGUCGGGUUCUUCUGAUGUGGUGUUGUGUGACGAACUUAUCUCUGGUCAGCGUAUUAUUUGUGAUUUUCGUUUUAAAAUACAAAAAUCAAAAUUGAAAAACAAGGCGUUUUUCUUUUUCAUGGUCAAAAGGGGAUGAGUGAAAAUUUAAAAAAAAUGAUUCAAUUUUCAUUUUCUAUUUCAUAUAACAAAAAAAAAAUAACUACAAAUCAGAAACAAAAAAGGCCUGUUUUUUCAUAUUAUGAGAUCGGAUGUUUUAACUCGAAUUUACUGACGUUAUCCACUGCAGUCAAGCCACCCUCCACUUCGAAAUCCCCAGUCAACCUAGCCACCAGUUAAUUUGCAGUGCCUGUAUAUAGUCGAUAUUACGGUAAUGCAGUGCCAGAACAGAAUUCAAAAUAAAAGCAGACACUUAUGAAGGCAGUCUGCAAUUUCACACAAAUACAAUCAAUCAGCCAGUCUGUUAAUUGAUUGAUGAAUUAUUUAAACGAUUAGUUAAUUACUUAAUUGAGCAUUUCAGGAAUUAAUUCAUUGAUUAUUUACUGAAUUCAUAUUACCAUAAUAUCAGAAAUAUCACAGCAGAACUUGCUGAAACUAUCUCAGUGCAACUCCGAGGGUGAGUUCUAUCAGUCUGAUGUGAAAUGAGUCUGUGGAAACAGGCAGUUUUCUUUUUAAGUAAAUCUGAACUCAAAGGAAAAUAUCAAAAGUCACAUUUUAGAGGGCUUUAAUUUGGAA